GGUUUCGGACGGGAGGAGAGCAGAAGGGGGGCAGUCAUUUGUGCAGUGAGGCAGAGGACUGCUGUGCUAUCUGAGGUACCUUGUCACCCUGGCACAGUGUAGCCCGGCACUGGCGAGGAGGCUGACCCGGAGGACAUCCAGAGUAGCACUUGGCAGCAGGAGCCCAGUGUCAAAGUGCAGGCUGAUCCCAAAGUGAGGAGCCAAGCAGGGGAAGUUGUCUGAUCCUGGACCCUACCUGCCCGAGAGUGUCAGCCCCUCUCUGAGGAGCAGGGACAGCAGGACACAUCAUGGCUUGUAGACUGCUGCUGACUGCGCUGCUGGGGAUUCUUGUACCUACAUGCUGGGCUCGUGUGUACACCAACCACUGGGCUGUGAGGAUAAAAGGGGGAGCCCAGGAAGCCGACAGGAUAGCUAGCAAGUAUGGAUACGUCAACAUGGGAAAGAUCGGGUCACUCCAGGAUUACUAUCACUUUUAUCACAGUAGAACCAUCAAGAGGUCAGUCUUAUCAAGUCAAGGAACGCACAACUUCAUUUCAAUGGAACCAAAGGUGGAGUGGAUAGAACAGCAGGUUGUUAAAAAAAGGACGAAAAGGGAUUAUAAAGAUAGUAAUAUUCAUUCGGCCUAUUUCAACGAUCCCAAGUGGCCAAGCAUGUGGUACAUUCACUGCAGCGAGAACGCCCACCACUGUCAAUCAGACAUGAACAUCGUAGGAGCUUGGAAACGAGGAUACACUGGAAAAAAUGUGAUAGUUACUAUUCUAGAUGAUGGCAUUGAAAGGAAUCAUCCUGACCUGAUGCAGAAUUAUGAUCCUUUGGCCAGCACUGAUAUCAAUGGCAAUGACUAUGAUCCUAUGCCUCGCUAUGAUGCAAGCAAUGAAAACAAGCAUGGGACUCGCUGUGCUGGAGAAGUUGCUGCUACCGCAAACAAUUCUCACUGUACGGUCGGAAUAGCUUUCAACGCUAGGAUUGGAGGAGUGCGCAUGUUGGAUGGAGAUGUAACAGAUAUGGUGGAAGCCAAAUCCCUCAGUCUAAACCCCCAACACGUACAUAUCUACAGUGCAAGCUGGGGUCCCGACGAUGAUGGCAAAACUGUGGAUGGACCAGCAUCUCUUGCCCGUGAUGCCUUUGAGAAUGGCAUCAGAACAGGAAGAAGAGGCUAUGGUUCAAUUUUUGUGUGGGCAUCUGGCAAUGGUGGCAGAAGUCGAGAUCACUGCUCGUGUGAUGGGUAUACCAAUAGUAUCUAUACAAUCUCAAUCAGCAGUACGACAGAGAGUGGCAAGAAGCCUUGGUAUCUAGAAGAGUGCGCUUCUACAUUGGCUACAACGUACAGCAGUGGGGAAUCAUACGACAGAAAAGUGAUCACCACAGAUCUUCGUCAGCGUUGCACGGACAGUCACACUGGAACCUCAGCAUCAGCACCUAUGGCUGCUGGAAUCAUAGCCCUUGCACUAGAAGCAAAUCCAUUCUUAACUUGGAGAGAUGUACAGCAUAUCAUUGUAAGGACGUCUCGCCAAAGACACCUAAAUGCCCCUGACUGGAAGACAAAUGCUGCAGGCCACAAGGUGAGCCAUCUAUAUGGAUUUGGCUUGAUGGAUGCUGAAGCCAUGGUGAUAGAGGCAGAGAAAUGGACAACGGUCCCUGCACAGCACAUUUGUGUUGAAAACACAGACCGCCAGAUCAAGACGAUUAGACCAGACAAUGUGGUACGUUCCGUGUACAAAGCCACAGGAUGUGCUGACAACGUCAAUCACCAUGUCAUUUACCUGGAACAUGUGGUCGUACGUAUCACAAUUACACACCCACGCAGAGGAGACCUGGCUAUCUAUCUGACAUCUCCUUCAGGCACCAGAUCACAGCUGUUAGCUAACAGGCUAUUUGACCAUUCCAUGGAAGGAUUUAAGAACUGGGAGUUUAUGACAACACACUGCUGGGGUGAAAAAGCCUCAGGGGAUUGGAUACUGGAGAUAUAUGAUACACCAUCCCAACUGAGGAACUUCAAGACACCAGGUAAAUUGAAAGAUUGGUCCUUAGUAUUAUAUGGAACUUCUAUCCAGCCAUAUUCCCCUAGAAAUGAUGUUCCUAAAGUGGAGAGGGUACGCUCCAGCCCUGUUGAGGAGCCAUCGGAGGAAUACAAUAUUGAUGACUAUGCAGGUCCCUGUGAUGCAGAAUGCAGUGACGUGGGCUGUGACGGACCUGGACCCCAUCACUGCACUGACUGUCUACACUUUUAUUAUAAAGCAAAAAACAAUACAAGGAUUUGUGUAUCGGAAUGUCCCUCAGGCCACUACUUUGCCGAAAAGAAGAGGUGUAAAAAAUGUUUCCCGAACUGUGACACGUGUGUAGGAAGUCGUAGUGACCAGUGCACAGCUUGUAAACCUGGCUACUACUUAAAUGAGGAGACCAACAGCUGCAUCACCAACUGCCCAGAUGGCUUCUACUUGAAUGAAAAUAAGAACCUCUGUCGAAAAUGCCAAGAGAACUGUAAGACUUGCACUUCUGCUGACAAUUGUACGGAAUGCAGACAUGGCCUGAGUUUGCAGGGAUCCCGAUGCUUCAUCAGCUGUGAUGAUGGAAAAUACUACAGCACUGUGAAGAAGGAGUGUGAUCCAUGUCACAGAUCCUGUGCCACAUGCUCAGGUCCUGGAAUAGAUAAUUGUAUAAAUUGUGCAAAAGAAAUCUACUUUGAAGAUGGACGUUGUGUCAUUUCGUGUGGCUCUCAAUAUUAUAUGGCACCACCGAAAACAAAUGGGUUUAAAACAUGUAAAAGAUGUGAUGGCAGCUGUUUAUCCUGUGCUGGGCCCGGGGACAGAAACUGUACUACUUGUCCGGAUGGCUAUCUACUGGAAGGCAACACGUGUCUAGUUGGAACGGUGUGUAAAGAUGGCGAAUACAUUGAAAAAGCUGGACACUGUAUGCCCUGCGAUGCCUCUUGCCAUAAGUGCACUGGUCCUGGAAGGCAUACUUGCAUUGGCUGCUCUAUUACCAGGUUCUUGGAUGAUGGACAGUGUGUAUUAACCUGCCCUGUUGGCAAAUAUGAAUUCAACAGGCAAUGUCAUAUGUGUCACCAUACAUGCCUUGCGUGCAAUGGAAGCGAGCCUGACACGUGCACAUCCUGUGGCAUUGAUAAAAAUGGAAGAACACGUUAUCUGUAUAAAGGGGAAUGCAGAGAAGGCUGCCCGGAGGGGUAUUACAUUGAAGACAGCCGAUGUAUGCCGUGCUCUGAAAACUGUCAAUCCUGCAAGAGCGGCAAGCAGUGUGACAAGUGUUUGGAGGGUUACUCUUCUGUGGAUGGUGUCUGCAAUGAGCUGGAGUGUCCAGAAGGAAAAGUUGAAGAUCCAGACAGUGAAGAAUGUGUACCUUGUACAGACGGAUGCAAAGUAUGCUCUGCAGAUGAUCCUGAGCUGUGUUCCUCCUGCUUUGCCAACUAUUAUAUGUUCGAGGAUUUAUGCUACACAGUCUGCCCAGAUGGCACAUACAGGAGAGACCUAGAAAUGAGGUGCUUCCCGUGUGAACCUUCAUGCCUCAGUUGUACUGAAGAUGAGUGCCUAUAUUGUGAGAAGGACUUCUAUCUGAAAGAUGGUGCUUGUGUCGAUGACUGUGGCCUUGGAUUCUAUUCUGAUGAUGUAGAGAGAGAAUGUGAUUCCUGUUACAGAUAUUGUGACACAUGUACUGGGCCUGACUAUGAUGAAUGCACCACCUGCAAACCAAACUUACAAUAUCAGAGUGGCCAGUGUGUGAAUCCAUCUGACCAGAAAAAUGGGAGGCUUCCAGGAACAUACUGGAAUGAAUAUGCAAAAGAAUAUCAGCCCUGUGAUGACAGUUGUAUGACCUGCAAUACAUCAUCUAUAGCGUGUACUUCAUGUCAUUCAGGGACAUAUCUGCAUGAGGAAGAUUGUAUUUCUUCAUGUCCUAAAGGAACGUUCAGCAAUACAAAGGACAAGCGGUGUGAGAAGUGCACAGAAGAUUGUGAAAUUUGCGAUGAAUACAAUCAAUGUCUUAAGUGCACGUAUCGCUACCUACAUGAUGGGAGAUGCUAUAAGAAGUGCCCAGAAGGUUUCUUUGGCCAAGGACAGGGAUGUACAGAAUGCUACGAGGACUGCAGAACAUGUGAAAAAGCUGUAAAUUAUUGUUUAUCAUGCCAUGCUCCUAACGUACUACAUGAAGCAACGUGUACAAGUACCUGCCCAGCCAAGUUCACUGACAUUAAAGGCAUCUGCAUACACUGUCCUCCUGACUGCCUGUCAUGUGUGGAUGACAAAACCUGCACAGCAUGCAUGCCUAAUUAUUUUCUCCAUGAAGACAAAUGUCUGAGCUCAUGUCCUGAUGGAUAUUAUGGUGAAGAUGGCAGCUGUGUGCCUUGUGAUGUCCUAUGCGCAAAAUGCAGUGGACCUGAUCCAGAUGAUUGUGAGGAAUGUGCCAGUCCUAAGUUUUUCCUAUAUAAUGGUGAAUGUCUUGGUGGAUGCCCACAUGGUACCUUCAGUAUACCAGAGGAAAGACAUUGUCAAGACUGUGACAGCAGUUGCAAGGCUUGCCAUACCUCGGACAUUUGCGACGAAUGCGAAGAAGGUUUUUACAAAAACAGAGAGGGCUACUGUGUAGCAUAUAAGACAUGCACACUUCAUGAGUAUGUAGAUGAAUACGGGGACUGUGUGCCAUGUCAUAAGCAAUGCUCCAGGUGUAUGGGAGCGACUGAGCAUCACUGCUUGAGCUGCAAAGCUAAAUCCUUCCUUCUGAAUGCCACCUGUGUGGACACCUGUCCUGAUGGAUAUUAUGCAGAAGAUGAUGAAAGGCGUUGUGUCCCAUGCCAUAGAAGCUGUAAGACUUGCUCUGAGAGACAUAGCGUGGACUGCCUGACUUGUGAAGAAGGAUCAUACAUGCAGGGUCACAGCUGUGUACAACAUUGCUUGAUAGGAUAUUAUGCUGAGAACUCCUCUGCGUCAUGUCAGAAAUGCCACAAGUCCUGCAGGGAGUGUGAAGGCCCGGACUCCUCUGAGUGCCUCUCCUGCCACAACAACUUUUUCCUCAUGAGAACUAAAAAAAAGUGUUACAGCUCUUGUCCUGAAUUCUACUAUGAGGACCGUGUACUAAAAGCUUGCGAAAGAUGUCAUCCAACCUGCAGGACCUGCAGUGGUUCAGGAGCUCUUUCCUGCACGUCCUGUGUAUCCAGUUACCAGCUUUCAGGGCAAAUUUGUCACUCGGAGUGUUUUGCUGGAGAAUUCAAGCGUAUGCAGGAUCCUGAUGCACAAUGUGAGAAAUGCCAUGAAAGCUGCAUAGAAUGUAAGGGGCCUGGACCUCAGAACUGUACCGUGUGUCAAGCAGGCUUCUCACUCUAUGUAGAUGAAUGGAGGUGUGUGCGUUGCUGCAGUGCCAAACUACAAGACACAGGGGAAUGCUGCGACUGCACUGAAAGGCUGGAGGAAUGUAUCCUGAUUACAGGACUCUUGGAAGAAAAACCUGAUCAUAAAAAGGCAGCUUUGUCUGUGGCGAUAUCCAUUCUGCUGGUGCUUACUGCGGUAACAGCCAUAUUCCUUUGGCGACGAAGGGCCCGUUCAAAAACUUUGACUGUCAAGAAAGGCGGCUAUGAAAAGUUACCAGACCAAACCAAAUCCUACCAGUCUUACAAAAGUGCUAGAGAAAGCACUUCCAGCUUCCAGCAGGACCACGUGAUUGAAUACCAAGAUCGUGACGAGGAGGAAGAUGAUGAUGAUGACGACGAAGAUAUCGUUUACAUGGGACAGGAUGGGACAGUGUAUAGGAAAUUUAAAUAUGGACUUCUAGAAGAUGACGAUGAUGAGGAUUUAGAGUAUGAUGAUGAAAGUUAUUCCUUUAGAUAAUGUAUGUAAAUAUCAUCAGCACUGAAAUAAUGGUAAGGACUAAGAGGACAUACAUUAGGAUUAUUUACAUACAGCCGUUUUGCACUGUGGCAUACGGUAUAUAAUCCCAUUGGACCACAAAUUAAACUAUUUCAAUAUGCGUUCACACAAGUGUAAGGGCUCGUUCACACAAACUUUUUUUGUGUUCCGUAUACGGACCCAUUCAUUUCAAUGGUUCC